UUGAACUCGUAGUUCUUGCACUGAUUCACGGAUCUGAACUUGAACGUUGGCAAUAACAUUGUAUUUUUACCAAGCAGUGAGUCUUCCUAGCAUGAAACCCUUUCAGAUUACACUUGUUAUCACGCUCGUUGUAUCAAUCCUGUUGGUUAUAGGGAUGUGUGGGUUCGCUGGUAUUGAGAAAUACUCCUACGAAGAGUCGUUUAGCCUAUCGAUGCAGAUCAUUACCACUAUUGGUUAUGGCAAUGUCCCUCCGAAGACAUCUGGUGGGAAAAUAUUCUGCAUCUUUUUCAUGUUGUUUGGAAUACCCGCCAACCUUGUUCUUCUUCAAAGGAUCGGAAAACACAUGCUCGAUAAUCAAAAGAAUAUGAUAAGAAAAGUAGAGAUGGCAUUUUUGAAAAAAGAACCCGAAUUUCUUGCGGAGAAAGGCUUUUUUGUGUGUUUUCUUUUUGCUUGGGUUUUGGUCUUCUUAGCAGCAGGGAUUCAAAUGCAUGAAGAAAAUUGGUCCUUUCUCGAUGGUGUUUAUUGCUUUCUCRUCACUUUUUCCACUGUCGGAUUCGGUGAUAUUAUUCCAGGAUACGGCAAGGAUCCAAAACACAAAUUAGCUGCUAUCAUCGUAUGGUCUUUUUUUAAUUACCUUGGGCUGUGUGCAAUGUCUAAYUUACUCAGCAGUGUUGUGGAUAUCAUUCAGAGCCAGCAAAUAAGAAAACUGAUACGGCAACGCAAAGCUGCAGUUGGACAUGAUAUGGGACAGCCUAGUCAAGGGUGAUUUAAAUAUCAUAAGACCGGAAACCUGGUAUUGACACCGCACAAGACACUGAUGCACUAAUGCACAACGAGCUGGCCCUAGCCGAGGCGUGAAUGGUUAAUGCCUGCUGGUACAUUGAUGCAUUGAUGAUCAGACGUCGGAGAGCUUUAGCCGAGUUAGCCAAGAAGAGAGUUGCUACAUUUAUUUGCAACUAGCGCGUUCAUUAGACUGAAGGCAUUCUUAGAACACUGAGGUAAACACUUAAAA